AUGAACUUGAGAGACAGUCUGCUCGCUGCACUGUCCACUCUUCCUGGCACAAGACAUUUUCAUGUACACGUCCUCGUCACUGCUCCCCGAAAACAUGCAACCCUCUAUCCCUAUGCGACCCCUCGCCCGCGAAUAUAUGUUCAAGAUUAUCUCGUUCUUCUCUCUGAACAGCCUACGCUCGAAAAUCCUCGCGUUCUAGUCUCGGCGGUCGAGGCGUGCCUAUACCAUGCGCCUGCCACCUCUGCCGCGAUCCUGUAUAUAUCAAAAGUCGACUCGACUGGUCAAGGUAUUUCACCAUCGCCCACGGCGUCUCUCGUAACCGCUUUCGCGCGUUGGCACAUCGACCCGGCGACGCGUCCUGUACCCGCGCAGCAUCUAUGGUUACACCUCUUCGCCCGCGCACAGGGGCAAUACCUUUUUCCGAACUCCAUCGAAUACGAGGGCAAGCGCGCGCUAAGUGAUGUCAAGCUCUGUGCAUGGUGGCGGCGUCUGUUGGGAAGCGUUGCGGGAGACGUGCAAGGGACCCUCGGUCCUGCAGGCAAGGUCAGACUGUAUUACCUUCUGCCAGGGUGCAAUGAACUCGAGGCACACCAAGCUCUUGGUCUCGCCUACGCGCCCGCCGACGCGAUCAACGCGCCAGCGUGGAAUUACGGUCAUCCCUAUUCGCAGACAGACAUCCCGUUACCUUGUUCACCCCCAGAAGGACACGCGAAUCUGGGACAUUUCAUCCCUUCAUUCGAUGACGACCCGAAAAACAGGUUCAUGGACGAGAUUGCGCUGAUCGGAGAGUCGGAUGGCGUCCGGUCGCCAGCUCGCAAGCGCCCUCGCGUUACUCGGCAAACAGGUCCUGCUGCAGAUUCGGAGGCCGAGGGCGGCCACGCAGGGAAGGAUCAGGCCGAGGUGACCGAGAAAGAGCAUGAAAAGUUUCAGAAGGAUACCAAGGACACGCGUCCCAAAGGCGAGCUCAGCACGGUCCAACCUGACGAAUUUUGGGAGCGCAUGUCGUUCCGCCAAGAAUGCGUCUCAGGAGCAGUCACUGGCUUUUUCACUGCAGGAUUCUCCUCCCCUUUCCCCCCACACUCGACGUCUAAACCCUCGCCGCUGGCACCACAGCCAGGCCAGGUUCCGGCCGCGAUGAACAAGCGGAUCCUGAGCAGCCUGAUGCAAGGGAACGAGUUCUCCACUGUUGACCGCGCACGGAAAUCUACGGAGGUUCUGGAGGGUGCUAUACGCGGCCUUUGCGAGGGCCUUGCUACCCACCCGCUCCCCUCGCGUGGGGCGGCGCCCACGCUGCAUACGCAGGCGGAAGAUGGAGUACUGGUUCCUCCGCGCACGCCACCUCGCAAACCCAACACAUUGCCGAGCUUAGAGAAUGUCUCUCCCAACCCAUUCGACGAGCCGGAAGCGACGCUCGAGACGUACCACGCCCACAUUUACGGCUCAGUAAGCGUGUCCAACCCACCCCUUGCCUCCAAAAAUCUUUCUCCUGGGACAACGGGAGACCAUCCAUCCGAUUCAACAAAGGCACAGAAGCCAAAGGUCAACGUGUUAGCCGUGCGGAAAAAGAAGAAGAGGACGGAGACGGAGUCCUGA